AUGUUGUUCUUUCCAUUUAUCUUCUCGAUUCUGUCUUUCAUUCCAUUAACAAAUACAAUCUUAGAUGAUGAUAUUCUUUAUGAUAUUAAAUGGCAUCCAGAAUCAAAUUCAUUAAUUGAACCAAAAAAUGAUUUCAUUAUUACGUCAAAACGCAAAGAAAAAUAUUCAUGUGUAUUGCCGACCUUUCAAACAACAGAUAAAAAAUCAGCAGAAAAUAUUUUAUUGAGUGAAAUCGAACCACUCAUAGAAAAACUAUAUUCCAGAAAGCUAUGUACUUAUCGAUUUGAUCCAUAUUGGACAUAUGAAUUAUGUCAUGGGAAGCACAUUCGACAAUAUCACGAAAGUAAAGUCGACGAUAAGAGAACAAUCGUUCAAGAAUAUUUUCUUGGCUACCAUCAUUCCGAUAAUCAAGAUAUUAUUACAAAUACUGAUCAUCAACAAAUAUUAAAGAUUCACUAUAAAACUAUUAACAAUCAAAUAAUACCUAUGUUGCCUGUUCGAUAUUCCGAGGGAACACUAUGCGAUAUUAAUUCUAAUAAACCCCGUGAAACAAUAGUUUUCUAUGUUUGUCACGAAAGAGGUAAUAAUGGUAUCAUUAGUUUUCAAGAAAUCUCGUCAUGCCAGUAUGAAAUGACAAUUGCUACAUCAUGGAUGUGUGAUCUACCAGAAUUCAGCCCAGAGGAUUUAAAUCGGCAUGCAAUCAAUUGUUUCCCACAAGAUAAUGCUCCUCAAAAACCAAGAAAUUUAAAACGACUUGAAUCCGAACAUGAAUCAUCAUUAACUACAGGCGAAGGUGGACAAUUUACUAUGACAAGUGCCGAUGGAACAACAUUAGUUAUUACAUAUAGAUACGUAAAUGAAGACGAAGUUAAGGAUCUAACAAAAGCAAUCAAUAGUGAUGUAGCCAAUGAAGCAACAACAUCAAAUCCUGCUAUUAAUGAUCAGCCGUUACCUACGAAAGCGAUCGUUGAAUUUCUCGAAGGCUUUUUUUCCGGUCGAAAUUGUUUAACGGGUGGUUCAGGUUGGUGGCGAUAUGAAAUUUGUUAUGGAAAACAUGUUAUUCAAUUUCAUGAAGAACAAAAUAAGCGAACUGAAAUUCUACUAGGCACAUGGGAUUAUCAUAAACAUGUUGAAUGGAUCAAUACAAAUCCUAAAAAGCAAUCCGAUGGCAAAACUAAAGAACGACAGUAUGCAUCAUUGUAUUAUGGAAAUGGAGAUCAAUGUGAAGUUGCAAAGAAGCCGCGCGUUGUUGAAGUUAAACUAAAAUGCUCAACAAGAAACAAUAGAUCUCAUGUUCCAACGAUAUAUCUUGUUGAACCAGAAAGUUGUUCGUAUGUUCUUGGAGUUGAAUCGUCAGUAUUUUGCAAUAUAAUUGAUUAUACCGAUGAAAAUGGUAUUCCUGAUUUGGAAAAAGUUAUGAAACAUUUUGAAGAAUCAUAA